GGCUUUGGAUGAAGAGAGAAUGAAAGUGAAGCUCAGGUCUCAGUCAUAACAAUCAACCAGCCUGAGAAUGCUGCUGUUACUGGCACUGCUGGGGGUGCCCAUGGGCUCGGACACCUUCAGUCCCCGGAAGAGCCAGGAUACUCCAACAGAUUUCUUACCGAUGUCCACGACACCUGUGCCCCUCCCAAAGGUAGAGUGCUGGGUCUUCAAUGUUGAAUUUAUGAAUUGUACCUGGGAUGGCGGCUCUGGACCUCAGUCUACCAACCUGACUCUCUACUACUGGUAUAGGGAUCCGCCCAAGGAAUGUAGCCAAUACUUGUUUUCUGGCGCCGUCACUUCGGGUUGUUGGUUUGACCGUGGGGAGAUUAACAUCUACAGCAACUUCAAUGUGGAACUCCGGGCUCCUGGGAGACAUUUCAAGCAGGAAAUGAAACUUAAGGAUUUAGUGAUCCCUUGGGCUCCUGAGAACUUGACAGUCUACAGUGUGAGUGACUCACAGCUGGAGCUCAACUGGACCAGCAGUUACAAGGCCAUGUGUUUGCAGCACCUGGUACAAUAUAAGAGUGACAUUGACUCCAGUUGGACAGAGCAGUAUGUAAACCAGAGGCAGCAGUUCUUCUUGCCCAGUGUGGACGAACACAAACUUUACAUGUUCCGGGUCCAGAGCCGCUUCAGACCUUACUGUGGCAAUGCCAAGCAGUGGAGUCAGUGGAGCCCCGUGGUCCAAUGGGGGGGCAGAAGUCCAAGGGGGACCCUCUCGAGGCCCAUGAUGACAACUGUGUUCGUGCCCCUUGGCCUUCUGAUUGGCUUUGUUUUCCUCAUCGUCAUGCUCAUCCGGCUGGAGCGGGUGUGGGUCAUCCUGAUGCCCCAGAUCCCCAACCUCAAGAACCUCGAUGACCUGGUUACCACGUACCAUGGAAACUUCUCGACAUGGAGCGGUGUGUCCAAGGGGCUGGCUGAAAGUCUGCAGCCAGACUACAGUGAGAGGCUAUGUCACGUGAGCGAGCUCCCCCCGAAGUCAGGGGCCCAAGCAGAGGGGUCGGGGGGCUCCCCCUGCAGCCAGCACAGCCCUUCUUGGGCCCCUCCACCAUGUUACAGCCCGGACCCUGAGCCAUGAGGCUGGCCUGCGAGACCCUAACAGCUAAUGGCCAGGCUUUUGCCCGGGCCUCCUGAGGCCCUGCCAACCCCCAGUGCUCUCUCCCUCAGCCCCCUCCUCCUUCUGGGGCCCCUUUCUGGGAACUUCCCCCACUCUCUGUACCUGCUCCCCCCACCAGCUGUCCUGAAUCUUUUCCCUGUCUCCCACCCCCAGCCCUUCUUUCUCUCGACUCUCCCUCCCUCCUUCCUACUAU